ACGGGCCAUUUUGGAGCGAAAACCUAGCGGUUGGCUGGGAUGCGUCUAUAUACAGUUUUGCAUACGACGGGGCUGUGUGUGAUAAUGACUUAUUCAGCAGCGACACGAGCGGGGCGAUGCCAAGCAUAAAGGACCAAAUUGAAAUGUAUUAUAACGAACACAUGGACUUGGAGCCGAACGAUACGGUCUAUGCGUUCUGGAUUGGAUUGAACGAUAUCGAUCUGGCAUUCAAACAAGAUAACACUACCAGCUUAUUGGAUGCGCAACGUUCGUAAAGUGUUUGGCAGCAAUCGAUACCUAGUGAUCAACAUACCACCUCUCGAAAUGAUGCCGUAUUUCAACGGCGACGAGAAACGGAAAGCAGCAGCAGAGGAGCUGAAUGAUCAACUACUGAAAAGCGUCACCAGCAUGAACAAGCAUCACCGAGCGUUGGAAAUGGAUCUGGUGGAUGUGCAUGCGAUGGUGGGUGACAUGGUAGAAAAACCGAGCGAGUUUGGAUUUAAGGAUGCCAGCCAUGCCUAUUGGGAAGCGUGCCAAGGCCAAUGUACGGAUGACCUGGACGAAUACUUGUGGUGGGACAAGGUCCACCUGACAGGAGGCGCCCACCGUGCCAUUGCCAAUAGCAUUCUGUUGUCAGGGUCACUUGAGCCCAAGGUCUCACUACCGUCGGUUGCCGAAGUAAAGAGCACGAUCGAAGGGGACAAGCGAUUCCAGUCACCUACAUACACGCCACAAGCCAACACGGGCGUGAUUGACAAAGUGGUCAAGGAAAUUAUGGAUGCAAAGGCGACGGAACAGCCGGAACAGCCGCCGGCAGUAACGGAUGAUGAUCGCAACGUGACGGAAGUGGAGGAGGAGGAUGACGAUCUCGACAGUGACGGGUCGUUCAGUCACAUUUACUUUGUGGUGAUGGUGACUGUUCUCUUGUGUAUCGGGUUUGUCUGGUUUGCUCGGAGGCAAAAGCGAUCUAGCAGGUUGGCAGCGUUAUCCGGACUGGUCAAGAACAACGGUCGGGGACGGUUCACACCUCUUCAAAACAUGGAAUCCACCAAUGCAUAAUGAACAACCCUACCUAUUUUAUACAUACACACUUUUUGCAUCAUUCCUCAUCUCUCUAGACCCAAUAAAAAAAACACCCAUCAGGUAAACAAAGGUUGUCAUUGCAGAGAAAAUAGAAGUUCAGGAUCCACACACCAGCCGGAGUCAUGCAGCAUUUU